GAGGCGGGUGCGGAAGUGGCUGGCACGGGCAGGGGAGCGUCAGCAGUUCCGCUGGAGGGGCGGGGGUGAGGAACACAAGGGUAUUUACCAGGCUCGUUGGGAGACUGCUCUAUUGAAGAUUAUGGCAAAAUCUGGAGGAAAAGGAGUGAAUCUAAAAGACAAACUGGAGGGCAAUGAGUUGGACUUGAGCUUGUGUGACCUGAAUGAGGUGCCAGUGAAAGAACUGGCAGGGCUUUCAAAGGCUACCAUUUUAGAUUUGUCCUGUAACAACCUUACAGCUUUGCCAUCAGAAUUCUGCAGCUUGACCCACCUGGUGAAAUUGGACCUUAGUAAAAACCAGCUUCAGCAACUGCCUUCGGACUUCGGUCGCUUGGUCAACUUGCAACACCUGGACCUUCUGAACAAUCGAUUAGUUACCUUGCCUGUCAGUUUUGCACAACUCAAGAACCUGAAGUGGCUGGAUCUGAAGGACAACCCUCUGGAGGCUGCACUGGCGAAGGUAGCUGGAGAUUGCUUGGAUGAAAAGCAGUGCAAACAGGCUGCCACCAGGGUACUCCAGCAUAUGAGGGCCAUCCAAUCUGAGCUGGAUCUUGAGAAGCAACGAAAACUACAGGCAGAGCGAGAGCUGGAGAAGAAGCGUGAAGCAGAGCAGCGAGUGAGGGAAGCCCAAGAGAGGGAACUCCGGAAGCGGGAAAAGGCUGAAGAGAAAGAACGGCGAAGGCGGGAGUAUGAUGCUAUGAGAGCAGUAAAGCAGGAAAUGGCAGCACAAUCAAGGAAAGAAAAAGACGAGAAUCCAAAGGCCUCACUUUCCCAUCCAUCCCACCUGCCCCAACACAAACGGUCCUGGUCUGGAGUCCUAUUGAAGAUGCUGCUGUUCCUGCUGCUUGGUACCCUCAGUACUCUGGCUAUCUGUAAGGUUACUGAGCUGCAGCACCAGCCCAUAUGCAUCCGUGUAAACAUGCUCUAUGAGGAGGCGCUGUCCCUUUUGCAAAGCCGUGAAAUCCUUCGGAACGUACUGCAGCCGAACACACAGCAGUCCUGAAGGACCCUUCCCCUUGCCAGUACCACCACCUGCUGUUUUGUUUUGUUGGUUUUUUGUUUUUGCAUCAGCGCAGCCAGAAAUUCCUAUGGAAUUAAGCUCUGGUGGAAAUUGCCUUCAGCCAUUCAACGCUGGGUUUGGUGGCCAAAGUUCAAGCAGCGCCAAACCACUUGCCCGGGUUGCUUCGCUUCGACUGCAGUUCCUGCGGUAAAUCAGAAUUUAUUGCCCUUUCCUUCCUCCAUAGUGGAUCCUUUCCUGGGCUGCAAAAUGCAGACUUGGUGGUCUGUAUGCAAGCAAGCAAGGAGAGACAGUACCCUUAGUAGCAGCCUUGCUAUGAGAAGUGAUACCUAUUUUUGUCACCUUGAGAAGUUUUUGUAUAUGUUGUCUUCGAGUGUUACUGCUGUAGCAAAUACAUGCUCACUUUGGAAACAACUAUUGUAACCAGGAGGACUGAAUGUAUUCAUUCAGGGGAGAGUGGAGCCAUGGUUAAGGUUAGCUUUCGUAUAUGCAUAUGUAAUUUUUCUAAGCAGCUUGAUGUUGGAUUUGUAGGUAGAAACUGGUGGUUGUGGAAUAUAAAGGCAACCUGCCUAAGGUAUGCUGCUUUUCGAAAACUCAUAGCUACACCCACAUCUGCCAAUACCUAAUUCUUCUCUACCCAGAUAUUUGUAUACCAACCAAUGGAAGUAUUAUCAAAGUAUUGUGAAAUCUGCACUCAAAGUUUAGCAAGUAACACGUCAUUUCAUUAUAUAUAAUUUUUGCUUUUUACAUUUUUGAAUUGGUUAAAACAAACAAACUAGGUGCAGUUUCUGUGUCGUUGUGCCUAAGUGCUUUUUCCUGUUGUAUCUUAGCUUGGUGGUCUGUACUCCUGAACAUACGAUGUUAUUCCUUAGUGUGAGUUAUCUGAGAAAGUUAUCUACUCAACUGUACUUUCCCCAUUUGCUUGUUUGAGCAGGUAGCGAAUAAGCAACACAUUUGCCUUAUCCUCUGCCAUUGUGCAAAGGAUCUAAUGUGGCGCACAGAUCCUGCCUGCUACCCUUCAGUCUCCUGGUGGGUCAGCUUAGACCAUGAGUACCUCUCUUGCUCAGGCAGCUUCCACUACUGUAACUAACAACUUUACUAGCUGUUGAAAUUACUUCCUAGAUUAUAUCUGGCAAACCCAGCAGCCUCCCUAGGGUAAAACCCCACCGAAUCCAGUGAAACCUCCCGAGUAAAUACACAUAAGAUCAGAAUGGAAGUAAUUUGUGUAGAGUCUAAAAAAACCAAGAUGAGAAGCAGAGCUUGGGCAUGUGCUUUACAGAGCACAAGUCCCUCCUGGGCUGAGAGCUUGCAACUUAAAAUUAGUCACAGGAGAAACAGCAGAUGAAAGUGGAGGUGGGGUAAGCAGGGAGGAAGAAAGGUGAGAUUCUGCUACUUAAAAUGAGAGACUUGGUUCAGGUGGGGCAUAUGGACAAGGGGAUUGUGCAAAAAAGGCUUCAUGGGAAAAGUGGGCCUUGAAGCAGGAUUUGAAGUCACUGACGUCAUCCCAGGGCAACAAGGACAGAUGCUUUAGAGGGAUUAGAAGACUUUUAGGUAGCUGACAGUGGUGGAGAUGCAACUUGAGAUUCCUUUCCUGCAGCAAAUGCCCCUAAAGCAUUUAAUAUGUAAGGUUACAUAACCCACAUGCACAGCUCUAGUCAAAUAGACAUCCGUUACAUAGUUUGUGCUUUUAAGAGGAUUUGGGUUCUUACAAAAAAGAAAAGAACAUUGAACGAAUAGGAGCUAUGAGUAAAUCAAUACAGUCAUACCUCAUGUUACAUCCUCUUCAGGUUGCGUCUUUUCAGCUUGCAAAUGCGGCAAACCCGGAAGUGUUUACUUCUGGGUUUCACCGCGCACGCAGAAGCUCGAAAUAUCGCACUUCGCGCAUUCGCAGAAGCGUCGCUCUGGUUGCGGACUUUUCAGGGUGCAAACGGCACCCCGGAAUGGAUCGUGUCCGCAACCAGAGGUACCACUGUAUUCUGUUUCUAAUUUGGCACAUGGGCACCUCUUACGUUCAAGUCAGAGUUGUUGCAGCUCAGCCUCUUUAGCAACGUUUAAAAUAAAUUUGACAAAUUUCUGAAUAACAUUGGUGUAGAACAAGCACCGCCCAUCUCUUCUUUAGCAUCCUUGUCUAUCCUGAGUAGUAAGGGGGUAGAUGUAGAGCGUCAGGGGUUGUGCCUGGGCUUUCUUUCCAAGAUUCAUAAAAUAACUACAACUCAAUCAUUCCUGGUUAGCCAAGAAAUACUUGAUUGCCUAAUAAGGACUGUUGCAGGAAUAAAGGGGGGGAAAGCAGGAGUCCUUUCUGGGUGCCAAGCAGCGACACAUUUGAUAUUUUCAGAAAACGUUUAGUUUUAACAUUUCUUCCCGCUAUUAAAAAAAAAAAGAUUCAAACAAAGCUUUUACUUAAAAUACAUAGUUCAGCAUCACCCAGUAGCAUCCAGGGAAAGGUCAGGGUUAUGGGAAG